UAUAUUAAUUUUCGGGAAGCCGACCAAUUUGUACUGAACUCAAGCUGCCCAUACUUUUUCGGACAUUCAUAGCAAAGCACUGCUGUCGGCUGUCGCUCUCGUUCCUUGUUUCUAGCUGGGAAGCGCAAAAACUUUUAAUUUCGUAUGGAAGUAAACCUCAGCUAACCUCUUGAGUUUGUUUAAAAAAAUGUGAAAUGUGUUCAUGAAACUACCGGUAACGUACUCUAACUAUAAAGUUUUGUGUGUAACUGAUCUAUCCUCCGGACUUUGUUGUGUUAGUGACAGAGACUGAUUUGGAUUUGUGUUGGUGGCAAACCUGAUAUGGAGUGCUCCCCAGAUCUGAGUUUCCUGACAAUGGCAGCUGCUGGAGUAACCAACACCGACUUUGCAGAGCUCGCAUCAAAACUCGCAUCAGCCGCCAACAACCACGAAAUGUUUCCAUUCGCGAUGCGUCCCAGCGUCAUGAUCAAACAGCGCAAGACCAACUUCACACCGCGCGAAGUCGAAGUUUUACUGGCGGCAGUCGACAAAAGACGCGACAUCGUGCUGUUCGGCACGGCCGGCGGCCAAGUUUGGGCCAAGGCCUGGCAGGAGGUGGCCCAGGAAGUGACCGCCGUCGAAGGCAUUUAUAGAACGGAGAGUGACGUGAGAAAGAAGUGGACGUACCUGAAAUGGGAGGCCAAGAACACAAGCAAGCCCGGUAGGGACCCGACUUCCAGGGCUGUUCUGGAAAUUCUGACUGGUGGCGAUCCCGACGCUGCCGCUACCAUUGGGGCAAAGUCUCUUCUUGAGGAGCUUCUGGUUCUCGGCCAAGUAGCGGGAUCACCACAGCAAGCUGCCUUGCAAAACCAAGAAGUGACCAAUUCGAGUCCGCAGGUACCCAAGAUACAGCUGCCACUCCACGUACAGCGACCGCAAACUCCACUGCUGCCUGUAUCAGGCCCCACAUCUCCGUCCACUGCCUCCGUCAAGAAGCAACACUCUCCAAGUACCUCCCCGGCUGUGUACACCACAGAAGUAUGUCUUCGGUGGAACUCGUACCAUUCAAACAUGCAGACCGUCUUCCCUUCAUUACUCAACAACGAACAAUUCGUCGAUGUCACUCUGGCCUGUGAAGGUCAGAGUAUAAAAUGCCACAAGAUGAUGCUAUCCGCCUGCUCCAACUAUUUUGAGGAGCUGUUGAGUCAGAACCCCUGCCAACACCCGAUAGUACUCAUGAAGGACUUGAGGUUUUGGGAGUUGCAGGCCCUCGUUGACUUCAUGUACAGGGGAGAAGUGAACGUGACUCAAGACCGCUUACCCUCUCUCCUGGCUGCAGCCGAAGCACUGCAAAUCAAGGGGUUAGCUGGACCCGCAAGCAGCUCCCAACCUCAGGCGAAUACUGCCGGAAACGGAUCGGAGAACUGCAGCCAAGACGAAUCGGCAAAUCCCAAGCGUAUUUAUAGAAAGAGAAGGAUUUCCUCCAGAUCAUGUUUGGUGAUGCCAAAGACCCCAACCAGCACCCAGGUCUCCCCGGUACAAUCCCACACCGACCAAAGCGUAUACGGCAGUUUCACGCCCUCUCCUAACGUAUAUAGUAACAAACACCGAAAAUUAGACGAUCCUCCGAAACUCGAGAAGGAUACCAGGAAGGAUUAUUCAUCUGCCAACGAAAAAGUCACUUGGAAACUACAGCCCAUCAAAGAAACUUUUCCCACGAGAUCUAUAUUGAAGAAAGACAUUCUGGGCAUGUCACGAACAAAGGAAACAAACGGAACAGAAUUAAGAGAGUUCCCAUCAUCCAUGGCAGAAUCAGAAAACAACACUAAAAAACGUGCUGAGAACAGGAUGUUGAGCCAGGAAAGUUGUGAAGAUGAAUACUACGAGAAUGAAACCGAAUGUGAUACCGAAAAUGACGAGAACCGAUCGUUGUCAUCGAACGGAUCUGCUAAUCUCAUGAUCGACGAAGGUCAAAAUGAUCAACCAACGCCUGAAACCACAAUAUCUCAGUGAUACUUCUAACUUCUACCUGAAAUGCUACAUUCCAAUCAUUCAUGGACAUUGUAAUAAGAUUAUUUUCUAAUAUUAGUGUAAGCGGCUACUACCAAAUAGUGAACAAAUGGUUGGUCAGACAGAUUUCAAUAGAAAUCUGCUAUUAAUAUUUGUAUUUCCCAAUGUUUUUGUAGAAGCCUACCGUUUAUUCUUUUGAUUCAUUUUUUCCGCUUGGAAACGUCAAAAAAUUUCCGAUCAACUUGGAAGUAUGCAUAAAUUUAUUUUUUCAUGUCAUAAAACCAAAUAUUUCCAUUUUAAUCCGAUUCUGUAUUUGCAGGAAACGUCAAUGCAAUUCCAAAAUAUAUAACUAAGAUUGAUUUUUCUAAACACAUAAUGCCAGUCUAAAAUUUUCUCCCAAAUCCAAGAUAUUUGGAUUAAAAUACUAUUUUGCAUUCAUGCUAUACACUAGCAUAGUAUUAUUUUGUACAAUAUCAUAAUAUCAUGAUUUGCUGCAAAAUUUAUGAAGCAGUUUCCUACCUGUGUGGCCCUACCAUAUUGCUUGACUACUUGAUUUUUUAUGUAAGUAAAAUAUUGUCAUGUAGUAUUUUUUUUAUUAAAAUCCUGUAAAAAAUAUGGGACUAGAUGAAUGAUGUCGAUAAUAUGAAUAUGUUGAUAUGUGCCAAAGCUUCAUGUGACCUGCUUUUUUAAUACAGUAUUUAUUGUAGACGUUGUAGAAGAAAGUAUUGGAGAAUAAUUGGGAGGUCUAAGAAUUUAACGGUAGGCUUUUGAGAGUUAUGCCAAAAAUGGUAUCUUUUUUCAUGUACACCAUUUGGCAUGAUCUGAUGUGUAUAUAUUAUAUAAAAUAGAUUUUCUCUACUAAGUGUUAUGCCAAAUAUGUUUUUUUAUAUAAUAUCAUUAUGACCUUCCUAAUUCUAGUUCUCAACUAUAAUUAUUAUUGAGCAAUUGGAAUUCGACUAAUUGCAAAAACCAAGGAAAUGCUUAUUUAAAUAAAUAUUUCCAAGUACAAACUUUUAUAAAGCUUUUGAUUUUGAUGGUUAUUUUCUCUGUAAAUAUGGAUUGUGAUUAUCAUUCCUAUGAACAUGAUCUAAAUCUAUGUGCAUUGUUUCAAUUUGAUUCUAAUCCACUUUAUAUAUUAUAAAGGUGAGUGAUAUUUAUUUUAUUUCAUUUUAUUUGUAAUAUUUUGUGUGUAAUAUUUAUGUAUUUGUUUAUUUUAUUUUUUUACUAUCGGUCGUUGAAUUAUUGAUCACAUCAAUCAUUUUUCAAACGAAUGCAAGUGAUAGGUUCAAGUUUCACUGAAACUUUUUAUCAUAGUUCUUUAUUUAAAAAUAUGUUUUAUCUAUCGACUUAUGAAUAUGUAUUAUUUAUCGACUGCUUCUCGAUUUCCCAAACAAACACAAUUUUAUUUACUGACAAAAUGACAUGAAGUAGAUUACCGGUACCGAUUACCUCCCAAAGUAGAUUAUCGGAAAAUAAAUUAUUUUAAAUUACAAUGACCGCUUUGUUUCUUGCAGUGACCUACAUAUAGAAUGGGUGAAGCAGUAAAAUUUUUAUCAAGUGCAAUGCUUUAAAAAAUAAAACAUCACAUU